AUGUCUCGGAAUCACGUGAACAUACGCAUCAAUGAUUUCGUACCUAAUUCACAUCAUAAUCCUAUUUCAAAUUUACCACAUAAUGAUAAACCGAUAUCUAAAGUGGCAAUAUCACCACUAAAUAAAUAUGUUUUAACAUAUAGUCAAGAAGAUAAAUCCUUUGUAGGAUGGCAUGAUGAUUCCGAUUCAAACCUUUGUAAAGAUAUCGAAUCGUCAAAUUGGGAAGACAUUAGUGAUUUCAAGGUUUCUGAUAACAAAAUCAUUUUAUAUGAAUAUACUGGUUUCGCAAAAUUCCACGAUUUGAAACAUAAUGAAGAUCUUGAGAUUAAAGAUAAAAGUUGUGAUUAUAAUCAUACAAAUUUUCUUGAAAACGGGAAUAUAGUUACAUUUAAGAACAAUAGUGGUAGCACUACAUUAAAUCCCGCAGUUUUGAUUUAUGAACUCGCAAAUAACAAUGAAUUGACUCAAAAGGCUUUUAAUAUUUUAAAUGAAAAAGAUGUAAGAUUUGGCGGUUAUUUAAGCAAUAGGAUGUGGAUGAUGGCAUAUGGAUUAAUUUUCCUAUUGGAUUUAGCCACAUUCCAACUUCAAAAGAUUUCGCUUUUUGAAAAGAAUUUAAAUAUUGAGCAAGUUAAAUUCAAAUUCUCAGACAAGUUAAUUAUCAUGAAAGUUGUUGAUGCGCAUUAUAUCUAUUACAAUAUCAAAGACCAAAUUAAUUUUCCCAUUGGAAAGAUUGUAGAUUCUGAUUGUCGUGAAUUCGAAUUCGUCGGCAAUAAUGAUGAAUUCAUGAUUACUUUGUCAAGUAGUAAUGUCAUUAAUAUUUAUUUUUGGAAAUCAAGCCUAAAAGGUUCCAUUGGUUUCAAUAAAUUAGUAGAAUUUGGAGAUCUCGAUAAAACUAAUCAUGAUUGGAGAUAUUCCAUCUUUAAUGAUAGUCAAAAUCUUAUUAAAAAUGAAGAGAACAUAUUUAUGGAUAUAGAUCAAAAUUUUACUACUAUCAAAGCUAAAAUGGAAGUUGUUGAUGAUUGUUUUAUAAUUGCUGCUUCUGAUAGUGAAAAUAGAAAUAACUACUUAAUGGCGUCCAUAUUUUUUGGCUGCUUUCAUCUUUUAUUUGAAUUUCGCCAAUUUAUAUGGAAUCCUUAUAGAUGGUUACAAAAUUUUUGGAAUUUUAUUGACUUGGGCGCUUAUUUAAUACCUACGACUACAUCAAUUAUUUGGUACAAAUAUGAAGAUAAAGAUAUUACUUUCUUGGUUUCAAUUUCAUGUCUUAUACUUGAAAUGAAAUUUAUACUCUUUUUCCGAGCAUUUGAACCAUUUGGGGUUUAUUUUGCCAUCAUGCUUGGUGUUGCACGCAAAAUUUUUUCAUUUCUAUUCAUUUUGGUUCUUAUUACAUUAAGUUUUGCUCAUGCAUUUAUGCUUUUAUUAAAACCCAAAUCUCCGUUUAUUGAAGAAGAUUUAGGAGAUAUAAAUGAACCUAAUAAUCCUUGGAAUCUUACCGACAGAUUUUUUCAAGUUUUUUCGGAUGGGAAAAUUAAUCGGAACAUGACUUUAUUUAAAGUUCCUGAUGAAUAUACAAAUUUAUUUUCAAAUUAUCCCAACUCUCUUUUAGCAAUGAGUAUAUUCCUAACAGGAGAUGGAAGUUUAUUUAAUAGAUGGCCACCUGAGGAUAAUAAAACAAUGAUCGCUUUAAUGAUUAUAUAUUCAUUUAUAAUCGUUGUGUUUCUUAUGAACUUGUUGAUUGGAUUAUUAAAUAUGGCAAUUGAAGAAGAUAAUGAUCGGGUAACUUACACUGUACAAAAGGCAGAGAAAUUGAACUAUUUUAUUUUCUUCCGAAUCAUAAGCGAUGCUGGAAAACAUGGUUUCCCGGAUUAA